CGAGCUGCUGCGGCUCUCAACGGCGUAACUUCCCGGCUUCUCACACGAGUUGGUAUCUGUUUGGCGAACGAGUAAUUCAUUUAGAAAUAAAAGCACUUCACAGAAGAUGAAGUAUGUGUAACGUAAACCUGGGAUAUAUCUACGUGCCUGCCCGACGGAGCUUUCCUGUUUUACCGCUCUAUCCAGAAGUGGAAUUUCCAGUACAAUGGACGCCGAGGGAUACAAGAAGGAUCCACAUGGUACUGAGGCAGAGACCUUUUGGCAUGUGAGGCAGAGGUCAGGAGAUGUGGAUCAGAGGACCAGAGAUGGAGAGAGCUGGAGGCUGGUGGAUGUGUUUCUCUCAGGAGGUGCACCAUGGGGGUUCACGCUCAGAGGAGGGCUGGAGCACCGAGAACCACUGCUCAUAACCAAGGUGGAAGAGGGCAGCAAAGCAGCUGCCGUGAGUCUCCAGGUGGGAGACGAGCUUGUCAACAUCAACGAGAUUCCCCUGAGUGGCUACAGACAGGAGGCAAUCUGCCUCGUCAAAGGCUCCCACAAGACCCUCAGCCUGGUGGUGAAACGGAAUGUGAAAAUGGUGGAUAUUGUAGCUCAGAAAAUGCCUUCAGAGAAUGACGUGCAUGUGGCAAGGAGCUUUCUUACGAAGAUUUUGCGAAGUUCCAUGAGAAAGAACCGUUUUAAAGGGCGGAAUGAACCCAUAAGCAGGCCUCACUCCUGGCACUCGACCAAGUUCAAUGAAAGCCAAUCAGAGACGGCCAAAACACAGUCUCCACCCACGGCAGUCUGGCACACAAGAUACGAUGCAAGCUCCUCCUCAACUGAUCUGUCUACCAGCUGGGAGCAGACAAACCUGCGCAGAGUGUCCGACCAGUUCAGCUCACUUGGCAGCAUGGACAGUCUAGAACAUGUGUCACAUCCCUAUCCUGCCGGUCAACUGUCACCUGCCAAGUCAAACAACAGCAUGGAGCACCUUGGAGGAGGAAAGCGGGACUCCGCCUACAGCUCCUUCUCCACCAGUUCUGGCACACCUGACUACACCCUCUCAAAGAGCAAUGCUGCGUCAACAGAGAACAUGCUGUAUAAAGUGGGUCAGUGGGAUGCAACAGGAAAGCACAACAAUGGCAGACUCAGCCAAAGUUUGGCCGCUGAAGGAGUCAGGCAGGAUGACAGGGUCACGUAUUUUCAAAUCCCGGGGGUCAGCUCCAUCUGCGAAGGUUCGCAGAUCGACGACCCAGCCGGAAAUCGCCAUUCCACUUCGAGUAGAACCAGCUUUGGACCCGUGUGGAACGUCCCAGAAAAAAAGAAGACCACUUCCCCAUCUCCCCCACCACCUCCUCCACCUGCACGCAGUGAUAGUUUUGCCGCAACUAAGGUACAUGAGAAGGGGAUGGUCGUGGCUCAGCCUGAGGGACCCGAUUCACAAGCAUCCUUUAAAGCGCCAACUGAACACCUCCGCAGUCACAAUGUUUCCCAGAAGAACGACGGUGACAGUUUUAACGUUCCGUUUGUGAAGUCUAUUCACAACCAGCUUGCUACAAAUAAACAGUAUUCCCUGUCCAGCACUGAUGUCCGGCAAGGCCAACCGGCCCAAGUUAGCCAGUCCCAGCAUCAAAGGCAACAUAGUGACAAAAGCACUUUCUGUCCUCAGCCUUGGGCUACAUCCGUACCAAAGCCACAUAGCGUAGGUGGCUACUAUUGCAGCUUGCAGGAACUGCCUACAAAUGGUUCUGUACAACAGUUUAGUCAGAACCAGAGGAGAAACCUAAGCUCCUCCCUGUCCUCCACAACCACUGACCAAAACACAGAGAGCAGCGGACAAAGCAGAUACUACUGUGUCACUACAUGUCAGCCCACUCAACCUAACCAGCUGUCUUUGUCAGGAAUACCAGAGGACAGAAGGAGUGCCACAGCCAGUGAGUCCACACACCCUGUCAAUGAGCAGACGUCCUUUAAUCCACCAACCGCAACAAACGUCAAGUAUAAUGUGCCCCAACAGCAACAUCACCCCUCACACAGUAAAGAUAGCAAUGGAUACAGCAAGCACCAAGUUACCACUGUACUAGAAACCUCUGUGCUGAAGCCCAACCCUGACGAGAAAGGAGGCCAGAGAGGACACAGCACUCAGAAUGCUGAAGCUCCGUACAUUAGCUAUCCUCUGAGUCGCCAGUCCGAACAGCGGAGGUCUCUGCCUCUGCAGCACCGAGAAGUGCCCCGGGACAGCAGACCUCACAGCCAAGUGAGCAAUAAAAUCUGCCCCCAGGCAACUCCGAUGCUUCACUCCCUGUCUAUGGAUGCUGCGGACCAAGAUGAGAAGAUGGGAGGCACCACCUCUGAUGAGUACCACGAUAGCAAGCAGGUGAAGCGCAGCGACCGUUUUGCCACCACAUUGAGAAACGAAAUACAGAUGAGAAGAGCGAGGCUGCAGAAAAGCAAGAGUGCCGCUGCCAUCCCUGGCGCUGAUGGUGAGACAGAAGAAGAUCCAGACAUCUGGAAGUCCACUGAAUGUACCACUCCGUCCUCGUCAGAUGGCUCCUUCUCUAACAUCUACAAGGAUAAUCUGAAAGAAGCACAAGCAAGGGUGCUGAAGGCAACCUCCUUCAGGAGAAGGGACCUUGAGCCUGUCUUACAGGAGCAUGCAGCAGCAGAAGCCUUACCCAACUACCCAUCUUCAGCACACGCUCGUAAUAAAGAUGUCACGCCUCUGCCGACAGUCACAGAGUUGGUAGCAAGCCAUUCGGGACCUGCAAGUGGUCAGGUAACCCGCAUUGGUGGUCGGAAGCGUUUCCCUGCAGAAAAGAAGAUUAAGUCAUUCUCCGAACCAGACAAAAUCCAUGAGGUUGGAAUGAAAGAAAAUUUAGCCCUCGGUGACAAAUCCAGCUCGUCUUCAGAUCAGCAAAAACUGUUCCAAGAAAGUGAGAAACCAGGAUUCCCUUAUCAAACAGGCCUUCAGAAACAAACCCACAACCAAGGCGGAGACCCUGCUUCGACCAACGCGCCAGUGGAAGCGGUGAAAGGAGUCAGGGGUAGAGAGAGUGUACAGGAGACCCAAGAAAUCCCUCACUCUGCACACAACCCAUCCAUCCAGGAUCAGCAGAGGCUGGGCACAUUUGCUGAGUAUGAGGCGAGGUGGAAUAUACAGAAGAAACCCCCAGAGAACAGAGCCUCUGGACGCUACCGGUCAGCUGAUAACAUACUCGAUCCCGGACCAGAGGAGAGGAGUAAAAGCACAUGCUUCCAUGAGAGAUCCCGGUCAUCCCCAUCGGCAGACCUCUAUGGACAGAAGAUUCCGGUUCCUUCAAGAAAGUCUGAGCUCCAAUAUUCCCAGACAGAAAAUAAACCUGCUGAACCACUCGACACAGACACAUGGUUCUCUGACAGAGGACCAGGUGACUGCAAAGCGAGAGAAAAGCCUGGAGAAUUUGAAUAUUAUCCGGCGCCGCAGCACCCGCCCAUGACAGGGGCCAACCCCGACGGUAGACACAGAGGUUCCCCUGCCACCGUCAGCCACAAACCCACGUCGACUUCUCACAGUCUGGCAGAGUCUGAUGACAGCAGCCGCCCCGAGCCGCCGACUGGACCCAGGAAGAAGCCCUCGGUGCUGGAGAAGCCUCCCCGGCCCAGAUGCCCAGAGGCUGGCAACACCCACCAGCUCCUCGCCGGUUCCCAGAGCGAAGCCUUGGUCCACUGCUCCCCUCACGCUGAUCACGGCUCCUCCUUUGGGCCCGCCCACUCCUCGGGAGACUCCCAGCAGGGCAAAGGACUAGUGGACAAAGGACAAGGGGCAGCACACCAUCCAUCAAGAUCCAAUCCUCAGACUGCCUCGUCGCCCCCGGCUUCCUCCCACAGACCCGCGGCGCUGGCCAGCAUGGACGGGCAGCGCUCGCCAUCUCCACAGUUUUCCCCACAGAGACUCAGUGACAAGCCUCCAGCCUUUCUCCAGAAUGAAGACUCCAAGAGGAUGGAGCAUGUGAGUGAAAGCCAAAACACUGCAGUCAGGAAAGUACCCAUCAGGAUCGUACAUUCAGACAGAAGCACGGACAAGGACAAUUGUCCAUUUUUACAGCAGAGCGACGCCCCUGCCGUCCCGGCCGAAGGUCAAGGCUCUACUCGGCUCCCCGGUCUGGGAGCAGCGGGUCAGGACUCUGUCUUCUGUUCCUUCACCCGGCAAAGGGAAGCGAGCGGCACACCCGCCGCUCAGGCACAGCGGCCGCCUCACACCGACACAUACAUGACCAGUGCCACGGAUCAAGAGCCGCCUGCCGAGCCGCCAGGCGGCAACAAGGCGGCCAUCAGCGCCCAGCUGAUAGAGGAGGACCAGAAGAGAGAAGAACUGGCCCGGGACAUCUUGGGGAAGGACAAAUCCCUGGCUGACAUUCUCGAUCAGAGCAAGAUGAAGACCACCAUGGACCUGAUGGAGGGGAUCUUCCCUCAGGGCGAGCAGCUGCUGGAGGGAGCUCACCAGCGCAGGAAGGCGCAGAUGAAGCAGACGAACGCCCGGCCUGCUGAGGAAAGGGAGAAGGAAGACAGCAUGGCAGCAGCUGUCACCAUGGUGACCAGUUCCACAUAUUACAGCACAUCUGCCCCCAAAGCGGAGCUCCUCAUCAAGAUGAAGGACAUGCAGGAGCAGCAGCAGCAGGAGGAAGAGGAGGAGGAGGAGGAAGACUCCGAAGAUGAGCUGGACAUUGAUUUGGCCAACAAGAAGCAAGAGCUGAUCGACAGUCUGAGCAAGAAGCUGCAGGUGCUGCGGGAGGCCAGGGAGAGUCUUCAGGAAGACAUCCUGGACAACAACGCCCUGGGAGACGAGGUGGAGGCCCACGUCCAGCAGGUCUGCAAGCCCAACGAGCUGGACAAGUUCCGGAUGUUCGUCGGGGACCUGGACAAGGUGGUGAGCCUGCUGCUGUCACUGUCGGGCCGUCUGGCCAGAGUGGAGAACGCCAUCAACAGUCUGGAGGAGGACGCCACUCCCGAGGAGCGACGUACGUUGAUCGAGAAAAGGAAGCUGCUGAUUCGACAACACGAGGACGCAAAGGAGCUGAAGGAGAACCUGGACCGGCGGGAACGCGUGGUCUACGACAUCCUAGCCAACUACUUGCCCGAAGACAGCCUUACGGACUACGAGCACUUUGUCAAGAUGAAGUCGGCGCUCAUCAUCGAGCAGCGCAAGCUGGAGGACAAGAUCAAACUUGGGGAGGAGCAGCUCAAGUGUCUGAUGGACAGCCUGCCGAUCGAGCAGAGGCUGGCCCUGUGAGGGGACCGACUCCGCUCUGCUCAGGUACCAACAACCUGCUGCUCCAGGUGACAGUGAAGCCAUGUGGCCAGCAGAGGGAGACAAACACGAGGACUGACGCAUUAUCCUGACACUGUUCAUGGUUUGUGAACUAGACUGUUAACACCCAUAAGUAACUCCUUUUUGGAACGAUGCUGCUGUUUCUAGCAUCAACCGACCACUGUAUCUAUAUGCCAUGUUUUUGCUUUGUUCGAUGGUUUCUUUAGUAAUUUAUUGUAGCCUUUUGAAUCUGCGAAGGAGGGGACAGUAUUUUUUUUUUCUUCUUCUUCCAUUUUAAGCAGCCAUGCUACCUGAUGUGUGUUACACGCUGAAUAAGUAAGAGUAUUUGUCAUGUGUUUCAAUAAUUUCACUGUCGAAUCCGGCCAAAUAUUUCAGCAAACUCAACUUCUAUUAACUUUUAAACUUUAGUGGCCUUUUUUUAUAUAUAUCUAUCUACUUUGUGCCCUUCACAUGAUCACAUGAAGACCGCGAGGUGGCAGCGCUGGGAAUGCACCCGCAGACAGUGAGUGUGCAGACACUGCUCACUUUGUAAAGAGCACUUGUUAAAACUUCACAAACCCGAAGAAGCACUUCACAUCUAGAUCCAAGUUAAACUCAACACACACAAAAAAAAGACGCAAAAAACAAAAAAGAUCACAUUUGAAGUGCCUGAUCACUGCAUCACUGUUACCACUGUCCAGGCCAUGUUCAACCUCUGCAGGUCAGUUGAUAAUCCAGCCUGUCAACUGACCGAGAGUUUCUGUAUUUUUUUGUCCUUUUGCUUCACUGUUUAUUUUUCACACUACAGCUGCUGAAAACACACACCACACUUUAUACUUCCAAACACUAGAAUCUCUGUUUUAUUCGUUUUCCGGCCAAAUUUGGAUCAGAGCUAUUCCAGUGUGUGACCAGCUCAAUCUUCAGUCCAUCAGAUGUCUAAAAUUUCAGAUUGAAACGAGGCUAACCUGAAGGUAACCCCUCCGCCCCGGCUGGGGGAUGUUCGCUGUGCACAUUUGUUACGCUCACCCACGACCCCGUGCACUGCCGCAUCCUCACCCUUUUUAACACUUUAUCAGCUGUGCUCCUUUAUAUCAAAUAAAGAGUGUG